ACUUCUUACAACGUUAAAAAUUAUACAAUUAAAUAAUGAUAAACCACCAAAAAUAUUUAGAAAAGCUUUGGAAUUAUCCUUUUUUAGUAGAAAUGCUAGAAAAAGAAAAAUUGCUGUUCAAUUAAUCCAACCGCUUUCAUCACUUGGAAAUAAAGGUGACAUUGUGAAAGUUUCUCCAGGUUAUAUGAGGCAUAGAUUAUACCCUAAUCGAGUUGCAAAUUACUACAUACCAAGACCACGAAACAGAUUAUCUGAGGAUAUCCCAAGAACAGUCAGAAUAAAUGAGGAGCCUCCAUCAAAAGAGUCAUUCUCGGAUAUGUGGAUAUCAUUUUUACUUAAAGAAGCUAGCAAGGACAGUUCUGAUCAAAAUACUAGUAGCAGCUCUGUUUCUACGCAAA